CGCGAUGCUGUGACUUGGUACUGGAAGGCCGUGGCAGUCGUGUCGGUGUUCAUGAUAUUGGGAGGCUUCCUCAUGCUGCCGGCGAGUUUCGAACGCGACAACGAACUGAGAGUGCCAACGCAAGUGAUUGGAAUCUUUGCGGCUGCUCUGCUCACUGCUGGAUUCUCUGCGACUCUACUGGUAUGCAUCGUCGUUCCGAAUCCCCUCUUUCAGGUAGAAUCCAUCUUUCAGCCGGCAUUGGCAGCCUGCUUCGUCGGUGUCCUGACCGUCACGUACGACUUUUUGUUCUUCAAGAGAUACCACUGGAACACACCCGCCUUUCUGACAACUGUCGCGGCUGGAGUAAGCAGUGUUGUAUACGGCAUCCUACAGAUCUGGAGCCGGCGCAAGAUAAACAGGAUAGCCAAGGCGAAGAACCAGAAGUCCUUCCGGUGGCAAGACACUGCCUACUAUGACAACUAUGCGCGGAACAUGUUCCCGUCCGCCAUGCCUCCGGACUCAUCCACGAGAUCUGUCUUCGAUCCUCACACCGUGCCAGAGGAGGAAUUGCAAAGACAGCAGAUGCUAAAUCUACUACUUGCAAGAGAACAGGCCCAGCUCUCGCCUCCACUCCCUGCGCAAGAUAAUGCGACUUACCACAUUGACAUCCCGGUGCCGAACGAGAACGAUUCUCCUGCAACACUCGCCUCCCCGAGACACUACCCUUCGCCUGGUGGACCAUCUCCGAUGUCCGUGCACGCGCGGCCGUCGCCUGGAGUCGUGCGACCUUGGAACGAAGAUGUCCUGCGAGAGGUCGACAGAAGGCGUUGA